GGAAUAAAUGGCGGCAGUCAUGUGGGCGGGGCGACUAGUGAUGAUGUCAGCGAUUGCGCUAAACCUGCCCUAAUUCAUAUGCACAGAUUCUGAGCAGGAAUAUUAGUAUGCUCAAAUAGUAUUAAUAAAUGCCCAGAAGUAAAAACACACGCAUGCACUGGAAUAUACGGAAAAGUAUAUAAAGACCAAAGGUGUUCGAUCCGAAAGUAAGGAAAAAUCCCAUAAUUCCAGUGCUUUCAGAGGCGCGCGGUCAGGUUUGAGAAGAUGGCGGACGCGCGUGCACGCAAUGCUGCUUUACAGCAUGUCUCCAUAAGCGAGAUCUGCGAACAAUAGCUCGACUUUUUCUUAUUAUAUUUAAAGCAUUGCAGAAAAAGUACAAUGUGUUUUACUGCGUUGCCUUAAAACAUAUGGAGCUGAAACUUGCACUGAGAUUAAUUUAGCGCUCUUGGGUCGCUGUAGAAAGACUAGGCACUUUUGUUCCCUCCUACUGAGCUCUAUAUCUUACCAGUAUCACUUGGUUUUCAUCAGGAUUUGAGAAAACACCACUUAGAAUUAAAAAAAAAUCUUAGCAUUGAGUGUAAAUAAAAUCAUUCUACUAACCUUUUAUAUGUUUGAAAGUACAGAUUGUAUUGGCUAAUUAUAACAGGAAAAAAACAGUAAGGAAUGGAUGUUUGUGGCAUUGUGAUGGUUGGGUAUAUUUUAUAUAUACACGGUUUUUCCAAAUAAAAUAUAUAAUUAUAGAAAUCAAGACCAGCUUGUCCUGUGUUGUGUUAACAUUCACUGUGAGCUUUUAUUCGUAGUUUUUAAACAGGGGACUGAGUAGUUCAUACUAACAGAAGCUAUGAGACGGAAUAUACGCAAAUUAAUCAUCGUAACUGAGUGAAACGCUACUGUUCUGAGGAACAGUUGGUUGAGAAGUGGGUUUUGUUUGAAGACAAAAGGACAGAAAUCAGAAGGUUAUGGCGCUGAGGAAGGUUUCGUGGGGGUGAGAACAUCUGGCAGCGUUCAUGUGGUGCGCAUGCGCAGUGCACAGUGCACAUUACGACCAUUACAUCAAAAAAUGGCGGCGGCCGUUGAGAAUGUUGUUAAAGUUAUGGGAGAGCAGUAUUAUAAAGAUGCCAUGGAGCAGUGCCACAGUUACAAUGCCCGGCUGUGUGCAGAGAGAAGCAUUCUCAUGCCUUUUCUCGACUCCCAGACUGGAGUGGCUCAGAGCAACUGCUACAUCUGGAUGGAGAAAAGGCACAGGAGUGCAGGUGUAGCACCAGGGCAGCUCUACACAUACCCUGCACGCCGCUGGAGAAAGAAAAGACGGGCCCAUCCACCAGAGGACCCUGCUUUGGUUUUCCCCCCAAUCAAAACAGCCGAACUUGAAUUGGGAUUGAAAAAAGAUGGGUUGGGGCCUUUGGAUGGAAGCAGCCUGGAGGCUUUGCUAAAGGGAGAACCUGUGGAUAAGAGAGCCGCUCCAGAGCUUAGGGGCCCAGAGGAAGAACAGAGUCUGGCAGACAUCACAGGCACUGCUGGGGCCAGUAGCCACAGUGGAUCCACACGUGUGAGAAAGAGAAUCCUAGAACCAGAAGACUAUCUGGAUGACCUGGACGAUGAGGAUUUUGAGGAGGAGACCCCAAAAAGACGGAAAGGAAAAUCUAAGGGUCGUGGAGUUGGAAAUGGGAAGAAAAAAACAGAAGCAGCUGCAGCAGCUUUGGAAGAUCGUGAUAAACCAUAUGCCUGUGAUAUCUGUGGAAAACGCUAUAAGAAUAGACCAGGCCUGAGUUACCACUACACCCACUCUCACUUGGCUGAAGAAGAGGGAGAGGAAAAAGAGGAAGCUGAGAUCCACACUCCUGCACCACAGGAGGAAACUAAGACUCCUAAGAAAGGUCCCAAUGGCUUGGCUCCGCCAAAUGAUUACUGUGAUUUCUGCCUGGGUGACUCCAAUAUGAACCAGAAGACGGGCCUGUCUGAGGAGCUGGUGUCCUGCUCUGACUGUGGACGCUCGGGCCAUCCUUCUUGCCUGCAGUUCACAGCAGUGAUGAUGGCAGCGGUAAAAACAUAUCGCUGGCAAUGCAUUGAAUGCAAGUGCUGCAACGUUUGUGGCACGUCUGAGAAUGACGACCAGCUGCUGUUCUGUGAUGAUUGCGACAGAGGAUACCACAUGUACUGCCUCACUCCUCCUAUGUCUGACCCACCAGAAGGAAGUUGGAGUUGUCGUUUGUGUCUGGAUCUUCUGAAGGAGAAGGCUUCCAUCUACCAAAGCCAGAAUCCUACAGUAGAGUAAUCGAAUCGACAGGACUGCUCAUGAGACAACACAUGAUCACACACUCCCUUUGAUCAAGUUCAUACACACCAACUAAAUAUCCUUUUUACACUACAUGAUCUAGACUUGGAUGUCUUCACAACAUCAUAAUUAGCCUGGUGUGGCACAGCUGAGGAGCUGAGAAAGUGGAGUGGGAAGGAGACCUUUAUUUGGCAGCACUUGUGCAGAGACCUUCACUUCACGCCACGGUUGCAGCGUUAUUGUCUGACACAUUACUACAUAUAUUAAGUGUUUUAAAUGAUUUGAGCACUAAGGAAAGUAUAGAAAGUGAUUAUUUCCAUAAUUAUCCCUCACUAAUGGAUAUGAAGAGCUGGGUCAUGUUAUAUCUGUUGCCAGAUUGUUGUUUUUGUUGUUUUUUUUUUUUUUUCCCUUGCUUGUUUACAGUGCAUGUCAGAAGAAAUCAAAUGGCCUUAUUCUGACAGAAUUAUGGCGUAUUUUAAUAUCUGUAUGUAUCGAAAGUACACUUUUAUUGUUGUUGAGUUUUUCCUUGCAGGAAUUAAUGGUGCCAAGGUCAACAUUCUCAAAAGCAUUUUUCCUUCAUUCAUUUCAGUAUUUGACAAACUGUGGAAUUUUGUGUCUGUUAGUAUUUGGUAAUGAAUGUGUUAUGCUGUCUUAUGUCCCUUUUAUAUUGCCCUUUCUUCAAUAAACAUACAUGUAACACAA